GUGCUAUUAUUGAUACCAGUGACGAAUAUGAGCAUCUCCUUAAAGAAAAACCGUAAAUCGAGUUUAGUGGUGAGGUAGUAUCUAGAAUAUUUGAAGAAGCUGCUGGAAUAUCUGGUCUAUUUUUUUGAGCGGAUGGAGCCUUUACAGUUUCUUGAAAGGAUAUUCUCGAAGGUAACAAGUGAAUUCGAAAAGGAGUGGACUUUGAUGAAGGUACAGGGAUGGGAAAAUAAUGAUCAGGAAAAUGGAAGUGCUCCAGUGAACCAUAUUGGUCUUGGUUAUUCUAAUACAGCUGAUGAGUUAAUGGAAAUGGGACCAGAGAAUUUAAAGGAGGUUUGGAUGCCCUGUUCCCGGAUUGCAAUAGAUUUCUAGACCAUGAGUCGUUGCAGUGGCGAGUCCUCAUAUUUCGAGUACAAAUUAUUUAUUUUCAUGCUUUCAAUUCAAUAUUUAGUUGGAGUUAGUUGGGGCCUGUGCCAUCAACUCAUAUUCAGUCAGUUUAGAGGCUUUUGGACACUACAGUCAGUUAUCCAGUAUUCAAACUUCAGUUGACAGAUAUUUUAUCAGUAUUAUUAGUUUAAUUUAUAGAUUCUAUCUUUUUUAUUGCUUAAAA